AAGGACUCUGCCAUUUCCCAAAAGCAGGAAGGACCAAGGAGGACGAAAAAGAAGAAGAAAUGGUUCCUCUGUGCCUGACAGCUAGGACUCUGGGGGAAUCGGUAACAUUCAAGGACGUGGCUGUGGAUUUUUCCUGGGAGGAAUGGGGGCAGCUGGGCCCUUCUCAGAAGGAACUUUACCGGGAGGUGAUGCUGGAGAACUACAGGAACUUGGUCUGCCUGGGGCUUGCUGUGUCCAAACCAGACAUGAUCUCCCAGUUGGAGCAAGGGGAAGCACCUUGGAUACCAGAUGGAGAAGGCCCAAGGUGCAGGUGUGCAGAAUGGAAGUCUAGUCCUGAAACUCUGAAGCUGGGCAUUUCUGUGGAUCUGCUACCCCAGGAAAGACUCCAAAGGGAAUGCACUUGUGUCUCCAAGCCUGAAGAAUCCUGUAAAUGUGAUGGUAGGUUAAAGAGUCAGCAGAACAAUGAAGAGAAAUUUUCUCAGCAAGUAAAAAUCACCCAGAAGAGCUCUUUGAAUUCAGUGCGGGGCCAUGAAUAUAAUGAAUGUGGCAGACACUUCAGCCUAGGGCCAGUUUCUUCUCACCAGGGAGAACAAAUUGCAAAGAGUCUCCAUAAAUGUGACAGAUACAGAAAGAUCUUCACAUUAAAUUCAGAACUAAGUAAAUGCAAUGGAAAUUGCUCAAAGAAGACAUAUUCUAGGUACGGUGAACGUGAGAAAUUCUUCAGUUAUAAUCCUGACUUUCCUGAGUAUCAUAAUAUUCAUAUCAGGGAGAAACCUUGUGAAUGUAAUGAACAUAGAAAUAUCAUAUACGACAGUUCGUCCGUUACUUCAAAUCAAAAAAGUAUUUCUCAAAAGAAAGUGAGUAAGUCUGAUAAAUGUGAAGGGUCCUUUUCCCAGAGCAUACAAGUUAUUGAACAUCAGAAAAUUAAUACUGGAGAGAAAGCUUAUGAGUGUCAUGAAUGUGGGAGGACUUUUGCUCAGAGUGCACAUCUUGUUCGACAUGAGAGGCGUCAUUCUGGUGAGAAACCUUAUGAGUGCAAUGAAUGUGGAAAGACCUUCAGCCGUAGUGCAUAUCUUACUGAACAUCAGAGAAUUCACACUGGAGAGAAACCUUAUGAAUGUAAUGAGUGUGGGAAGUCCUUCAUCCGAGGCACUUACCUUACGCUACAUCAGAGAACUCAUACUGGAGAAAAACCUUAUGAGUGUCAGGAAUGUGGAAAGUCCUUUCCCCAGAGCAUACAGCUUCUUGGACAUCAGAGAAUUCAUACAGGAGAAAAACCUUAUGAAUGUAGUUACUGUGGGAAGACAUUUAGACAUAGCUCAUCCCUUAAUUCUCAUCACAGAGUUCAUACUGGAGAGAAACCUUAUGAAUGUAAUGAAUGUGGGAAGGCCUUCAAACACAGCUCUUCCCUUACUUACCAUCACAGAAUUCAUACUGGAGAGAAACCAUAUGAAUGUAAAGAAUGUGGGAAGACCUUCCCCCAGAGCAUACAACUUAUUGGACAUCAGAGAAUUCAUACAGGAGAGAAACCUUAUGAAUGUAAUGAAUGUGGGAAAGCCUUUAGCCGGAAAACGCAGCUUACUCGACAUCAGAGAAUUCAUACUGGAAACAAACCUUAUGAAUGCAGUGCAUGUGGAAAGGCCUUUUGCCAAAAGACCCAGCUCACUAAACAUCAACGAAUUCAUACUGGAGAGAAGCCAUAUGAAUGUCAUGAAUGUGGAAAGUCCUUCCGCCAAAGGUCACAUCUUACUUACCAUCAGAGAAUCCAUAGUGGAGACAAUCUUUGUGAAUAUAAUGAAAAGAAGAAUGAUUUCAGUCAUACAAUUUUCUGAAAAUUUUAGACUACAAACUUAAAGGAAGCUGCAUAAAUCAAAUUAUCCUAUUUCCCAGAAAAGCUAUUCCAAACUGUUCUUAUGGCGCCAGUCUCCUCUUUUGUACAAUGUGCAGAAUUACACACUAUGCCCUAUUUUUUUCAGUGAUGAUCUCACUCAUUUUCCUGUUCUCUUGUUCCCGUCCUUUCCCCCCUUUUUCCUGUUGUCAUGUUACUUUAACCCAUAAAAUGCUGAACUUGACUCUGGGAGAGCUUAAUUCAAAUACUAUUCAUAACAUCUACCAGCUUAGUGAUUGGGAGCCAUUUCCUUAAACUCUCAACUUCAGUUUCCUCAUCUCAGAAGUGGCGAUAAAAAUUCCUAUAAUAUUUAUUUCAUGUUGUGGCUGUCAUUAUCAAAUGAACCACAAUUUUUGUUAAGGCUUUUUCCAAAUUUUAGAAUGCCGUAUAAAUGUCAGCUGUUGUCAUUUGCGGCUACUCAUAAACAUAGUCUCCCCCAAAACAACCGUAGUCACCAGAUUACUUUUCACCUGUUAUUUACUCUUUCCAGUUACCAUCUGAAACUUUUCACUCUUUUUCUGCCAAGCUUCUUGAAAAAGUUGGCUGUACUUAGGCAGGAUCUCUGGUUCCUUCCAGCCACUAUUUGAAUGCUUUACAAUGUGUCUGCUAAUCACUUGACUGAUCUUGUUCUCUUAGGAAUUACCAGUCACUUCCUACUGGACAAUCCAACCCCACACCCCAUUUAUCAUCUUUAUCUCUAUAACUGAUUGGAAAGGAAGAAACAUGAUCUUCCACAGGUAGCAAGGCAUCAUAAGUUCUGAUUACACUUACGGAGUUCAGCCAGCCUCAGUGUACCGCUUGACUCAUUGUUUUAUUUGAUUUUUAUCCUUCUGGGUACUAUACCAAUCUUGGAAGUAUGUUGAAUAAUUUAUUCCCCAUUCAUAAACUUGCACAUUCAUUUAUUAAUAGGUUCCAGUCCCCAUUCCAUUAAUUAUUACCCUCUUUUCCUAAUAGUUAUUACUUAUUCUAUAUUUAAAUACAUAUAAAAAUUGCUGAACUCUGUGUGUGUGCACGUAUGCGUGUAUACACACAUAUGUAUAAUUUAUUACCAAAUGGAAUCAAUAAUAAACAUAAGGCCAAACUUAAAUGUUAUUUCUUCUUAAAUCUUUCUUGACCACCCAACAAUAGCAUAGUUAUGUAAAAUUGAUGGAUUCUUUUUUUCCCCAUGUGAAUUGCCUCUAGUAUCAUGUAGCUUAUUUAUUACAUCCUGCAAUGAAUUUCUUGUCACAUUUUGAUGGAUUAGUUUUCAUUUUUCUAAUUUUAUUGCCUUUUGCUUUUUGUGCCACAAUCACAUUCUCAUAUAGCUCACUCCACAUUUUUUCUAGUCAUAAUUCAGUGGUCCUGAAAUUUUUUGUUAUUGAGACUCCUUUUAUACUCUU